AUGUUGGUUUUUCUAUUGUUUAUUUUCCCACUAGAAACCACUGCUAGAAGAAUCGCAGGAAUUGCACAUAAAGAAAAUUACAAUUAUUGCUACAUUGAGGUACAGAAUUUGAAAAGUUUCUGAGGUUCUAAAGUGUAAUUUGUUGCAGGGAUAUGUGGAGAAACGUAUGCUUUUCGGUAAAUUUGUGAAUUGUGUUCCUAUGAGCGCAACAUGUGAGCUUCCUCUUCCUAGAAGACUUCUACUAAAUGAAACGAAUAUUGAUUGUUUGCGGGAUAUUGAGAGCUUUUGGUUCAAUCAUACGGUAGGCAUUCCAUAUCGAAAUUUCAAUCAAAUUGAUUUUCAGUACGCCUGUGCUCAUCGAAUUUUCAACCGAAGAAUGAGUUGCAAAGAUCGUUUGAAAAGUUGUUAUCAAGUGAUGAUGGAAUGUUUUCCAAAGACUACACCAAAACUAUCAUUAAUUAUAGGUUCACUUUUUUCAAAAAAAAAUUAUGUGAGUUUCAAAAUUUUUAUUUUCCAGCUGGUGCCACAAUUGUCUUCAUAAUUUUGAGCAUUGUUAUUAUUUUGGUGGUUUGUAUUAUCGAUCAUUUCCGUCAUCGAGGAUCAAUUAAUAUUGAGAAAAUGUAAGAUUCUUCUAAAUUUUCCGAGGCAGAAUAUGGAUUUCAGAGAGAUCAAAAAUGGGCGCAGAAUUUCGGGAUGUUAUGACAAUCCGGCAUGUGUUUUAACAGAGUUUUAA